CACGGCGUCGCCCGGUUUCUUAUGUUCACUAUCGGAGACAAAUCCCGCCCAGCAUUGCUGCGACUGAAAUAAAAACAAGCAAACCUCAUGCGUGACGCGACUCACGCUCGCACAAGGGGUUUGUGGGAAAUGAAGUCCAUUCGAGAAAAGGCUACAGCGCCUCUGAAGCACACAGACAGCGCUGUAGAACUACAUAUCCGCCAUUAGUAAAAUGCCGACACUGCUUGCAUCAGCGUGUGGACGGCACACACUGUUAAAGUUUUACUAGCGCCUUCUUUUCUUCUUUUAAAGUCAAUAUAUUCGUUCUGUUAAAGUCCAGUCAUCAGUCCCAGCACAGCGGAGGAGACACUCUCGGUCAAAUGAAGCUCUUCGUAAGCGAAGGCAACCCGCACUGCCUGAAGGUGUUAGCUGCUUUAGAAGAGACUGGAGUUCAGUGUGAGGUUCAGUAUGUCAGUCAUGAAGAGCGAGUGGUGCCCUUCCUUAGCCGUCCAGCCCUGCCAGCUCUGCUCCUGCCUAGCGGACUGCACCUUUUCAGCCCCAAUGCCAUCUGCCGAUAUCUGUUUGAAGUGAACGGGAAAGACUGCGGUGAACUUUGCGGUCAGUGGCUUGAAUGGGAGGCCACAGAUCUUCAGCCGGCACUGCUGCAGGCUUUUCACAUGGCAGUGCUGCAGGGAAAAGGAUCAGAGGUGUCCAAGGUCCUCCAGGGGUCCCUCAACUACUUGGAGCAAAGCUUGAGCAAGGGGAACACGCCAUAUUUAACUGGGGACGCUGCUUCAGUUGCUGAUGUUGUUUUGUGGGCCGCUCUGUAUCCUAUUUUAUCUGACUCUUCACUAGCAUUGGGUGAACGCAACUAUGUGAAGACUUGGUUUGACCGUGGGGCUGCUCUGCACAGUUUACAGUCUGCUGCUCAGAAUGUGCUGCAGGGAAAAGGCCUGCAGGGCACGAAGAGCUACAUGCAGAAGCAGCCUACCCCUCAGAGCAGCCAAUGCAGAAACACACAGCCAUGCAACAGCAGCCCUGCUGAGUGUGAAGUAAGUGAGCGUUUGGUCUCAGAAGAGGAGAUGGAGGCAGCUUCUGUCACCUGGAGUAAAGCUCUGAACGCUCGUCCUUCAGAUGCAGACAGACAGCACCCCAUUUUGCCAAUGGAGGGCAAGAGGAACAUCCUCGUAACCAGUGCUCUGCCUUACGUCAACAACGUCCCCCACCUGGGCAACAUCAUCGGCUGCGUCCUCAGCACUGACGUCUUCAGCAGGUACGCCCGUCUGCGAGACUGGAACGUGCUGUUUGUGUGUGGCACAGAUGAGUACGGCACAGCUACGGAGAACAAAGCCAGAGAGGAGGGUCUGACCCCGCAGCAGAUCUGCGACAAAUACCAUGCCAUUCACGCCGACAUAUACAAGUGGUUCCAGAUCGACUUUGACUACUUUGGCCGUACAACCACUGAGAAGCAGACAGAAAUAGCUCAGAACAUUUUCUGGCGACUCCACAAGCAUGGUUUCCUCGUGGAAGACACGGUGGAGCAACUCCGUUGUGAAAAGUGCCAACGCUUCCUCGCUGACCGCUUUGUAGAAGGCAUCUGCCCCAACUGCAGCUACCCAGAGGCCCGUGGUGACCAGUGUGACAAGUGUGGCCGUCUCAUCAAUGCUGUGGAGCUCAGGGAACCUCAGUGUAAGGUCUGCAGGCAGACUCCAGUCAUUCGCUCCUCCAAACAUCUUUUCCUGGACCUGCCAAAGCUUGAGUCUCAGUUGGAGCAGUGGCUCGACAAGUCAACCAGCACAGGAGACUGGACAGCAAAUGCCAAACAGAUCACUCGCUCCUGGCUCAGGGAUGGACUCAAACCUCGCUGUAUCACCAGAGAUCUGAAGUGGGGAACGCCAGUACCUCAUCCUGACUUUAAUGAGAAGGUGUUCUACGUAUGGUUUGAUGCCCCUAUUGGUUAUCUGUCCAUUACCGCCAACUACACCGACAAAUGGGAGAAGUGGUGGAAGAAUCCCAAUCAGGUGGAGCUGUACAACUUCAUGGCCAAAGACAAUGUGCCAUUCCACAGCGUUGUGUUCCCCUGCUCCCUGCUGGGAGCCCAGGACAACUACACUCUGGUCAGCCACCUGGUCGCCACUGAGUAUCUGAAUUACGAGGACACAAAAUUCUCCAAGAGCCGUGGUGUUGGUGUGUUUGGAGACAUGGCCAAGGAUACGGGUAUCCCAUCUGAUGUGUGGCGGUUCUACCUCCUGUACGUGCGUCCAGAGGGACAGGAUUCAGCCUUCUCCUGGUCUGACAUGGCAACUAAGAACAACUCUGAGCUGCUCAACAACCUGGGCAACUUCAUCAACAGAGCUGGCAUGUUUGUCGCUAAGUUCUUUGACGGCUGUGUGCCGGCGAUGGAGCUCCAGCAGGAGGAUAAGAAGCUGCUGGCUCUGGUGGGCUGGGAGCUGCAGCAGUACAUCCAGCUCAUGGACAAAGUCAAAAUCCGUGAUGCCCUGAAACACAUCCUCAACAUAUCUCGCCAUGGCAACCAGUACAUUCAGGUCAAUGAACCCUGGAGGAAGAUCAAGGGAGAUGACACAGAAAGGCAACGAGCGGGCACAGUGACCGGCGUGUCUGUGAAUAUAGCCUGUCUGUUGUCAGUGAUGUUGUUCCCUUACAUGCCAACGGUCAGUCAAACUAUCAGGGAUCAGCUCAACGCCCCUCAGACUUGUGUCAGUACCAUGUUGCAAGGCACCGGCACCUUUGUUUGUGCCCUGUGUCCUGGCCACCGCAUUGGCACCGUCAGUCCGUUGUUCCAAAAACUGGAGGUGGACCAGAUCGAGGCUUUAAAGAAGAAAUUUGGUGGACAACAGACGACAGCCCAGAAAGCUGCCAGCACUGAGCCAGCCGCUGUGCCAGCUCCUGCCAAGGUGGCAGUGAAUGGAGUGGACCCCGAAAAAGCCAAGCAGCUCACACAGGCUGUAGCUGAGCAGGGCGAGAAAGUGCGGACACUCAAAGCCCAGAAGGCGGAGAAGGCUGCGAUCACAGCAGAGGUGGCUAAAUUGUUGGACCUGAAGAAACAGCUGGCUCUGGCUGAGGGGAAGAGCCCCGAGCCGGCACCUCAGAAGGGCAAGAAGAAGUGAGACAGGAAACAAAGUGAUAUCUAAAUGAUGGAGGUUAGUCAGAGGAAGGGAAGAAAAGAAUGGUUUGAGAUAUGAUUGCUGAGAAUGGGAACAAGAUGUACACAGAGCGAGAUGAGGGUAUUAGCUUAAGGCAAAGCCGUGACUGGAUCUAAAACAAUGUGGUAUUGGCACUGAGGACUAAUGAAAUGCUGGAAAGGCCGACGGGGAAAUGAAAACACACAAAGAGAGAGUCAAAUGAAUACAGCUACAGAAUGGAGGGAUUUCUCCAAAUCCCUACACCAAAAGAAACUGAUUUUAUACUCUCCCCGUGAUAAAGUCAGCAUACGAUAUUAGCGUUGGAAGGUGUGUUGCGCAUUUGAAGGUGUUUUUUUUUUUUAUAUUCUCUGGAAAAUUGUUAUUUUCCAUUUGCUACAAAAUACCCUUUUUUUGGAUUCAGAAAACAAGUUAAGUUCAGUUAAUUUCGUAUUCUCCCGCUUUCAGCAUUUUAAAAUAUUUUCUACCAAAAAAAAAAUGUAUAUACAGGAAUUAAAGAAAAACAAUAAACAUCACAUGACACAAAGAA